AUGAGCAACGCCAUCAACGUGUACUCAGCGCCAGAGGUGCACACUGCGAUCGAGGAGUCGCUGCCUGCGGUGUUCUCGCGGUUGGGCUACAAGCAGGAUUUCCGUCUUCUGGACACCCGACUACUGCUGGGGUACCUGACAGCUAUUACGGCGGCCGUCAGCUUUGUGCUGGACCGCAAGUUCAAGUGGGAUGACGUUCUGAUCUACCAGAAGGCGCUUGUGGGGCUUUAUGUGGUGUUCAGCUCCGCGUUCUGGCUCUUCUCGCGGUACGGCGAGCGGCACGCCGUGUAUCAGGGCCAGCAGGGCCAGGAGCGCAUCACCGUGCGCAUGCAACCGGAGCCCGGCAGCGAGCAUAGCCUGGUGACGCUGGAGGACGGGGCUGGUGGCCGCCUGGAGGCGCGCCUGGCGGCGCCGGGCGUGUUCAGCGCGGACGGGCACCUUCAGUUCGGCAAGCUGCACCGGUGGUUCGAGGAGCAGCUAGGCCUUCUCGUGCAGAAAAAGCGCCAAUGA